AGUUUUUUUUUACUGUUAGAUGAUGGAGCUUUUGAGGAAGAUGAAAAUGGAAUUGGAUUACACAAAGAAAAUUGAUAAAAUCUGGAAUUUGAGAUGAUAAGAUGUUAAUACAGUGACAAAUAGGGUAAUACAUAGAGAAAUGAUCUACUAAUUUCCAAACACAUAGUUUGUAGAAAAGGCAAAAUUGAUGCUUUUGUCAAUGAAUGUUGUACCUAUGAUGAAGCUAUAAAAAGCUUGAAUCUUUCUUUGAACCAAGAUUACUUUUUUGGGUUUCCCAUUUGGUGUCAGGAUAUCAUAUCCAGGGCUCGAAUCCGAGACCUCUGAUUAAGGAGGAUCAACUUGUCUUUGAACCAAGAUUCAUAUGUAAAUGAUCAGAAUCUUGCAGCUUGAAACAAUAUGAAUAAUGAUGAAAAGUAGGAGACUUGAGUCAUACAUAAGUUUGACCAUGAAAAUUAAUUCAGAUUUUGUAAAUCUGAUCUUAUUUUCACACUCUUAUAAGAGCUUCACAAUGAAAAAAGUUGGAACUUUUAUUUCUCAUAAAAAUAAAAAUAAAAAGAAGGGAGACUCAGAAAGAGCUUAACGGAGAUGGGGCAAAAAGGGUAUCAAUCACCGGUGAAGAAACUGUUGUCAUGGGUUCAAAAGCAAUCGAAGAAAGUGAAAAUCGUUUUGUUUAUCAUCACGGUGAUUACUCUAUUGGUGACUCUCAAGUUAACCGUUCACAAUCACGACUACUUUUUUGUUAUGGCUGAAGCUAUUCAUUUGAUUGGGCUCUUGAUUUUGAUUUACAAAUUGACAACCCUCAAAACUUGCUCUGGCCUUUCAUUGAAGACUCAAGUUCUUACAGUUAUAUUUUUGGCUGUAAGAGUAUACUGUAGUUUCAUCAUGGAAGGAGAUAUCCACACUGUGUUAGAUCUUAUCACCCUUGUGGCAACAUUGUGGAUUAUAUAUAUGAUGAAGUUCAAGCUAAAGACGUCGUACAUGGCAGAUCUGGAUAACAUGUCCAUACACUACGUGAUAGUUCCUGCCGCAGUUUUGGCCUUUUUUGUUCAUCCUAGUGUAAAAACAUAUAUUCUGAUAAAUCGAAUGCUUUGGGCGUUUUGCGUGUAUCUGGAAUCUAUAUCAGUGUUGCCUCAGCUUCGCUUGAUGCAAAAUGUUCAGAUACUUGAGCCAUUUUCAGCACAUUAUGUUUUUGCAUUGGGCAUUGCAAGGUUUUUGGGUUGUGCUCAUUGGAUUAUUCAGGUUUAUGACAAUGUUGGGUCACCGAUUUUUUUGGAUGAACAUAGUGUCUUAUGGAUACCUAUGGUCUUUUUAGCAGAAAUGGUUCAAACUUUCAUCUUGGCUGAUUUCUGUUAUUAUUACAUAAAGUGUGUUAUGAGCGGCCAGUUGAUUAUUCAUUUGCCAGUGCCGGUGUAAAAGGCUGUAAUAUGAUUUUGUUGAAUUAAUUCUAAAGUUGUAAUGUGAUAAUGAGUUCUUAUUUUGGUAACUGAAUCGGUAUUUGCUUC